AUGUCACGCUACGGAAAUCCUGCUCAGUUGCAGUUGCUCGCUGGCCCUGUCACAGCACAAUUUGUGAUACCCGGAAACAGCGAUGAAUAUCUCGAUCCGGCUCAUACAAUGCUUAGUCUUCGUGUGAGUAUAAAAUCUAGUACAAGCGAAGAAGAUGUGGCUGAGGCUGAUCGAGCGGCUUAUAGACUUUUAACAGCCCGGGUGGGACCAGUCAACAAUAUUAUGCAUUCACUAUUCAAUCAAGUGGAUGUAUUUUUCAAUCGGAAACCCGUAUCACCACCUACUAAUGUUUAUGUCUACAGAGCAUACAUAGAGACGCUGUUAAAUUACAGACCUGCCGCCAAAACCUCUCACCUCUCGACUGUCUUGUGGUGUAACGAUACGGCUGGAAAAAUGAACAACACAGAAAACCUGAACGAGGGGUUUGUGGAAAGGCGAAAUUUACUUGCUGCGAAUAAACCUGUUAACCUAGUUGGACACCUCCAUACAGAUGUCUUUAAUCAAGAGAAGCUACUGCUCAACGGCGUCGAAGUAAGGGAGGCCAAUCUUCUAGGGAGACGUGUAAAAAUCAGUCCCAGUAUAUUGCUUGCACAUGCUCAAUCGCUUUCACGAGCAACAGCUAAAUAUCCAUUGACACGGGUGGAAGUCAAGGCAGUCAGUAUGCACAGUGGUGUACACGGUGAAACAUUGGACAAUAUUAUAUUGGGUCAGCUGCCGAAGAGAAUCAUCCUGGGUUUCGUCAAUAACAAAGCUUUUAAUGGCGAUCGGCUGCUCAAUCCCUUCAAUUUUGAACAUUUUAAUAUAAACUUUCUAUGUUUGUACGUUGAUAGGGUGCAGAUGCCCUCAAAACCAUUGCAACCGGACUUUACGACGAAAAAUAUAUAUGUAAAUGCGUAUCACACACUGUUCGGUACGGGAAUACACUUCCUCAACAAGGGUAAUCAAGUGACGCGCGAGAACUAUCCUCACGGCUACUGUCUAUUUGCUUUUGAUUUGACUGACCGAUUUAUCGGCAAAUGA